UGGAUUUGGAGCGGGAUGGCAGAGCAGGGGGACAACGGGGGGCUGCGGGGAGGCGCGCUGAGACGCUCUGUGGUCAGAGAUAGGGGUCACGUUGUCCGUGCUAAAGUAUCGCAGGAAUAUGCUUUUAAUUCGUCAAAAAGCCCUGCUGAUGGUACUCCAAGAAGACCUGUUUUAUCUGUCAGUGCAAGAAAAAUUAAAGAUAAUGCGGCAGACUGGCAUAACUUGAUGAUGAAAUGGGAGAGACUGAAUGACAAUGGAUUUUCUACUGCCAACAAAAUAGUCAACAUGAAGAUCAGUGAGCAAUUUCAAGAUAACAAACUGGAGGUAACCUGUGACAACAGUACCACAGAAUCUGAAAAGCCAUCUCCAAAAUACAACGAAGAACUGGACAAUUGCUGCACAGAGUUACUGGAGACCUUAAAAAAAAUGACAAAAAUACAGCUGAAAAUGGAAAAGCUCUCUUCAACUACCAAAGGAAUCUGUGAUUUGGAGAAGUUCCACCAUGGAGCUGGCAGUUGCACAGCACCCCUGUUUCACACAUGGCCCACAGCGUACUUCUGUAUGCUACGAUACGACCUCUCUGGGCUGUUAUCUUCUAAAGAGCAAAUUCUAUAUUAAAAAGGCAUGUUGAAACUGAAGAAAACAAGAAACAGGUUCCAUUUUGGGACUGACAGCAUCAACAGCAUCCUUUUACUCGGUGCACCUUCACUACUGCAAACAGAAACAUCAGUGGUAAUCGGCUACAAAACAGCCAGAUGAGCAGGCAGUACAUCUAGGAAGUUUUUCAGUACAUAGAGUGAACAUGGUGACUUAUUAAAAAAAGAAGAAAUACUAACUGCUACUAACAGCCCACACAGGAUUUCACUUCUUAACUGGGAUUAUUAUAAGAGCCAGCAUUCUCUCUCUACCUCUUCUACUCUGGGUUUUCUGUAUGUUCACUCAUUGUGGCUGCAAGUUCAGUGCACAGGUACCCUAACAAACACAUCAUUAGGAAUUGUGUUGGAGGCAAUAUGGAAAGUAGUGUUUUUGCUACUGGAAACAGAGAAGGGAAAACAAAAACACAUUAAGUACAGAGAUCUGUUUUAUUCCAAUCAGAAGGAACACAGACUAUGUAAAGGAUAAACAGAUCCAUAUAACACACAAAAAAAGUCAUUCUAGACACAACUGCAUAAACAAUGAAUCUGCAGUUGUUGAAAUAGCAGUUUGUAAUUUCAUUAAUUUAUUCUCUAACUUUUGUAUUUGCCAGUAUGACUGAACUGCACACAAGCAUUCAGUUUGUGCUCAUUUUGCAAUGAAACCAUGGAUCCUUUUAAAUCAAGGUCGCUCAUUUUAAAUACAGCCCCUUCCCUCCUAACUAAAUGUCACAAUAUACUUCUAAUGCUGAACACACCCUGCAGUGAUGUGCAGCUUCAUGGUACUCUAAAUAUACACAGGUAUCAGAAAUCAGCACUGCUAGAAUUGACGUUAUCAUCUUUUAUUUAUAUAUAUAUAUAUAUAUAAAAUAUAUAUUUCUAGUUAUAUGUGUUGUCACAUAUUAGAACUGUAGUUUUAUUAUGGAUUUCUUUUUCUCUUUGCUUGGUUAUUGUACUUUUUAAACACUACCACUUUUGCUCAUCGGAAAACAUGCUUUGUUCAAGUUUACCAGGAUAAAAAAAAUUUAUCAGAGAAAAUAUAAAAAAAAUAAUCUAAAAAUAGACAAAAAAAAAAUCCCAGUUCCAAGGAGAACAUUU